AUGGCAGACCCCUUAGCACAUGUCUGUAGUCCCAGCACUCUUCCCGUGGAGCGACUAGAGGUAAAUCUACCUUAUGACAGGGGCUGCAAUGUAGAUCAAUAUAAGACUGUGUAUGGGAAUCCAGUAGGAUGUGAAAGACAUCAUCGGUUGGGUAUUGCUGAAUACCGCCACGGAUAUCAUGAAGAUAAUAAAGGCCUUACUACAGACUUUGUACUGCAUAAUAACCACAACAAUCAGUUUACAGAGAUUGAUUACCAAGGUAACGACUCCUGGAAUACCUAUAAACAUGAUGUAACUCCUAGUGACGGACAGAUAAGUAACUGUUUUCUGGAGAAUUGUUACAAUAACGAUAGAUGUAGGGAUGUCUCUGGUCAGUGUACACAGUCACCUUUGUUCCAGCAGGACUAUAGCCAAGAGAAGUUGUCCACAAGCAGUCAGCAGGAUAAAAUUGCAAAUGAGUCCUCAAAUUGUAGUCAAUGUACUGAAAUUGAGGCUAGAGGAGGAUUUAACAGAAAGAGAUAUGAUAAGUACAGCAAAGUCUCUAUUGAAUCAUCAAGCAUUGAUAGGGAUAAGGUAAAUGAUAUUCAAAGAAAACCAUGUCUGUUCAUGGGAAGUGAUAAAUCCUUCAAUUUUUAUUUAAAUAUGACUCAAAAUGAUUCAAGCCACAAUAGAGAGAAACCUCAGAAAUAUAAAGUAUAUAGACCGGAGUUUUCCCCUCCUUCAAAACUUGUUGGGCAUCCGAGAUCCUUUGUUCAACAAAAAUAUAGGAAAUCUGGGAAAUGCUCCAGGAGUUCCUCAGGCCUCACUAGAUUUAAGAUGCUUCAACCUGGAGGAACACCAUGCAAAUUUACAGAAUGUGGAAAGUCCUUUUCUCAGUUCUCAGGCCACAGAGAGAAUUAUACAAUCCAUACUGGAGAAAAAACUUAUAAGUGUAAAAUAUGUAAAAGGUCUUUUACCACAGGUUCAUAUCUGCAAGCUCAUCAGAGAAUCCACACUGGUGAGAAACCAUACAGGUGUAAAGAGUGUGGCAAGUCCUUUACUCAUGGCUAUUCUCUUCAAAUUCAUCACAGGUUUCAUACUGGAGAGAAACCUUACAAAUGUACCGAUUGUGGCAGGUCUUUUGCCCAGGGCUCAUCUCUUAAAUACCACCACAGAAUCCAUACCGGAGAGAAACCCUACAAAUGUAAAGAAUGUGGAAAGUCCUUUGCCAAACAAUCCAAUUUUGAAGCUCAUAGCAGAAUUCAUACCGGAGAUAGACCUUACAAAUGUACAGAUUGUGGCAAGUCCUUUACCAGGAGCUUCUGUCUUCGAAAACAUCACAAAACCCAUACUGGAGAGAAAGCUUAUAAGUGUGAAGAAUGUGGAAAGGCUUUUACCCAGCGUUCAACUCUUAAGACCCACUACAGAAUCCAUACUGGAGAGAAACCUUACAAAUGUAAUGAAUGUGGCAAGUCUUUUGCUGAAGGCUCAACUCUUAAAACCCACCACAAAAUCCAUACUGGAGAGAAACCUUACAAAUGUAAAGAAUGUGGCAAGUCUUUUGCUGAGGCCUCAACUCUUAAAACCCACCACAGAAUCCAUACAGGGGAGAAACCUUACAAAUGUAAAGACUGUGGCAAGUCCUUUACCCAGAGCUCUCAUCUUCAAAGCCACUGCAGAAUCCAUACAGGAGAGAAACCUUACAAAUGCAAAGAAUGUGGCAAAUCUUUUGCUAAGGACUCAUCUCUCCAAAAACAUCACAGAAUCCAUUCAUGAAAGAGUCUUUACAGAUGUGAAGAAUGUUCAAAAUCCGUUACUUGGUAUUCAAAUCUUAUAGAUCAUCCUGGAACCCAUACUGGAAACAAACAUCACAAAUGCAAAGAAUGUUUGAAGUCUAUUACCACAGUCUGUAAAUUUAGAACACAUUAUAAAUAUAAAAUUUAAGCAUGAGACAAAAGGAAGGGUAAUUACUGAUUCACUGUUCACCCAAGAAGUUUUUUUUUUUUUUUUUUUUAAUAUGAAGAAUGGAUGGAAGUCUUUAACAUACUCACUGUUCAACUCUUCAAUAUUGGAGUCACACCAGGCAUCCCUAUACUGGUAUGAAUUUGAAAAAAUUUUCCAGUGGUUUGAACAUGCUUGGCUGAGGGAGUACCACAAUUAGGAGGUGUGGCCUUAUUUGAACAGGUGUGGUCUUGCUGGAGGGAGUGUGUCACUAUGAGGGUAGAAUUUGAGACACUCUUUCUAGUCAUCUUGGAGCCAGUCUUCUACUGUUUGCCUCCUGAACAAAAUGUAUAACUCUCAGCUCCUCCUGUGCCAUGCCUGCCUGGACCCUGCCGUACUUUCUUCCUUGAUUAUGCUCUGAAUCUCUGAACCUGUAAGCCAGCUUUGAUUAAAUGUUGUUCUUUUUUUUUU